GUUUGUGAAGAUAUUUAUCCACCAGACUAUCGAGCACGGCGCAAUGGCGUUCUGCCAAAUUGCUUUUCGUGCGUCCCACAUUCGAUUUGUGCGCUCCAUCGACCAACCGUUCUCCUUCGGUCUUCACAUCGAAACAUGGACUCGAUAGUAGCGACAUAUUUAGUUGCUUCAGCGCUGGGUCUAUUAACCUGUUGCAUAAGCAUUGCGCUGACAUUGAUGAUGUAUCGGCAAAUUGCGAAUGUGCCCGGCCAGGAACGUCUGAAUAUUACCGAUCCGAAAUUCCAUCGCAUCGCUUUAUUGGGGAUGGUUUUUGGUGUGAGUGUGGUAUUAACCAGCCUUCUCGUCGUCAAAAUUCCAUGGACCAGCCGUGGUCCGCCCAGUGUGCUACCCGCGCCAGUGUCAACAACGACACCGCUCUGGGAAAACGAGUCCGCUAACAACACCGUCGUACAAUGCUGGAAGGAUUACUGCGCAACGUCACCCUACGAUUGCCUCGAUUAUGAGAAAUACCUCGUCAACUGCUUGAUACCCAUCGUGUCCACUGAUCGCUUACCAUCGUCACACCAUGAGAUGUACGCCAUAGAGGGUGAGUCGGUGCAACUGCGCUGCCAGCCACUGGAGGAUGAUGUCCGCGGAGUCCGCUUGGGCGCCGGCUAUUAUAGAGGACGGGGUUUGAGUACGUACUUCUGGAGCAGAAAUGCCCAUCACCUGGCCCAACAGCAUCUGCAGGAUGGACAUCAGUGGACGGUGGCCAUCGACCACAGCGUGGCCGUUGAGCGACUGUCCGCGGCCGGUGAUUUAUGGAUCCGGGCCAUCAAGACGGACGACGCGGGCGUGUAUGAUUGUGUGCAUAUCGACAAAUGUCCUCAACACAGCGAGAAAGAUCCGGUCGGGUGUAACCUGCGGGUUGGACCUGCGUACCGCGUUACCGUUUUAUCCAAAGGGACGGUUCGUAAGCUCUACAGAUUCUCCUGAACUGCAGCGAGUUUACUGAUGGUGGAAGUGAAUUGAUGCGGGUACGACAACGCGUCUAAGUGAAAAACGACUAACGCCGCUGGAUGUACCUGCCUCAGACUGGCAAUUGUUCCUGUCCAUCAUAGUAUAUUUUGCUGGGUUUUUACCACCGUUAGCUUAGCGUGGCCAAAGCUGGUAAUCCAAAGUAUGGCUGUGCCGCUGCUGCAAUAUUUUCUGAACCGAAUCUUUUGGAACGGUCGAAGAGAGUUUUCCCGAAAAUUGCUUGUUCGUGUUUUUUUUUUGCUGUUAUGAUAAAGGAACUGUAAUAAUGCGUUA